AGUUUAGAGGCGAGACUUUGCGAAAGAUAACAGCGCACAGUGAUUUCUGCAGGCAUGUGAAGAUCCAAACAGAGCUCAUUAUAUACAUAUUCAAGCCUCAUAUUUCGUGUUCAAUAAUUUCCAUUAUAUUUUAAUAUUCUAUUUCCCUUAAAAAGGGUUUAUUUUACUGCAAAGAUGACAGCAUUAUAUCUACUGAUUAUGGCCGUGUCCUUCGCUUUAAUAACUGCAGAAUCAAUUGUUUAUUUCCGAGAGCAAUUUGAAGACGGCGAUACCUGGAGGAGCCGAUGGUUGGAAUCCAAGCAUAAAUCAGACUACGGCAAGUUUGUGCUUUCUGCAGGCAAAUUUUAUGGUGAUGCCGAGAAAGAUAAGGGUCUUCAGACCAGUCAGGAUGCUCAUUUCUACGCGCUGUCAUCCCGCUUUGCUGAUUUCAGCAACAAGGAUCAGCCCUUCGUGAUCCAGUUCACUGUAAAACAUGAGCAGAGCAUUGACUGUGGUGGAGGCUACAUCAAACUUUUCCCAUCAGACCUCAAACAGGAAGAUAUGCAUGGAGACUCCACAUAUAAUAUCAUGUUUGGUCCUGACAUCUGUGGCCCUGGCACUAAGAAAGUACAUGUAAUCUUCAAUUACAAAGGCAAAAAUCAUUUGAUCAACAAAGACAUUAGAUGCAAGGAUGAUGAAUACACCCACUUAUACACGUUAAUUGUCAAUCCUGACAACACUUAUAAAGUCAAGAUUGAUAAUAAGAAGGUAGAGUCUGGAUCUUUGGAAGAAGACUGGGACUUCCUGCCUCCCAAAAAGAUCAAAGAUCCCGAAGCGAAAAAGCCUGAGGACUGGGACGAGAGGGAGAAGAUCGAAGACCCUGAUGACAAGAAACCAGAGGACUGGGACAAACCCGAGAACAUCCCUGAUCCUGAUGCCAAGAAGCCUGAUGACUGGGACGAUGAGAUGGAUGGGGAGUGGGAGCCGCCCAUGGUCACCAAUCCUGAAUACAAGGGUGAGUGGAAACCCCGCCAGAUUGACAAUCCUGCUUACAAAGGGAAAUGGGUGCACCCUGAGAUUGAUAACCCGGAGUACACCGCUGACACCGAAAUCUAUAAAUACGAUAGCAUCGGAGUGAUUGGACUGGACCUGUGGCAGGUGAAGUCUGGCACAAUUUUUGACAACUUCCUCAUUACCAACGACCCCAAACUGGCAGAAGAGGUUGGCAAUGAAACUUGGGGUGCCACAAAGGAUGCUGAGAAGAAGAUGAAGGAAAGUCAAGAAGAAGAAGAAAGAACGAAGCGUGAGGAAGAGGAUAAGACAAGAAAGGAGGAAGCAAAGGAUGGAAGGGAAGAUGAAGAUAAGGAAGAGGAAGAAGAUGAGGAAGAGGAGGAUGAAGAAGAAGAAGGGGAGGAGGAUGAAGAAGAGGAGACAGACUCUAAACUCAAAGACGAGUUGUAGAUUUCAACAGGAACUUGUGAUUGGGGUACAAUGCAGAGAACUGGACUAAUGCUGGACAUUUCUUUUUGUUGUGUGUCGGAUGAUUCCGGCAGGUUUUUUUUUUUGUGUCGUUCCACUACUACAAACCUAUUUAUAGAUAAACUUUAUUUCAUAAUUUUCAUUUGCUUGAUUACAAGCAAAUGUUUUGUUUUAACCCAAACCUCAAAUUCAUAACCUCUUACUCGCUCUUAAUGUCAAUCUAUCAGUGACCAGGUUGUGUUUUUUCUAAACAGACUCUGGUUCUCACGAGCUGAUACAGUUUUGAUCUGGCCUUGCUCAAUCAGCAAAUUCUGACACCUGGUUUCCCAAAAGUUGAAUUGAAAAAUCUCCACAUAUGACUGAUUGAAUAUUUGGGGAAAGUAAACUUAUAUCAACCAUGUUUAGACAUGACUAGAGUUGCCACAAAACUCUUGUGUGUGUUUGCUUUGGUGUACUGAAUUGCUGAUUGAUUUAAUUUGGCAAAUGUAAUAAUCAGGCCCUUAAUCUGUGGAGUGUGGGAAAAUGGAAAGUUUGUGAGAUUUCAAGGGUGUUACGAGGAAAGUUCCAUGGCUUUUCUAGAAACACUUCUGCUCUCCAACAGAGAUUUCAGAGCAAUCGUGAAUAUUGCACUGCUGUACUGCUUCAGUCAGAUACUUCUCCCAAUAAAAUAGAUUGUGACUUUUUUUUUUUUUUUUUAGAUAUAUUUUGUACUUUUUGUGUUUGAAGGACAUUCCUUGACAUAUUUAGAAGAAAAGCUCUGGUAUGAAGGUUGCUGACAAAUAAUAAAAAUACAAAACGAGUAAUUUA